AUGUUCCGGAAGGAUACAGUUCAGGCUACGCUCAGCCUGCGCGAUGAUACGUUUACAAAGUCAUAUUCAGAGGGGAUCACAUACGAGCGAAACCAGGUACUGGCCACGUCAAAAAUGCGAAGCUCGUUUGAGUUGCCAGCUGGUACUUACGACUUCCCAUUCGAACUACCGUUAGAGCGCAAGAUGAUGGAUACCCUCAUGGGACCUGGGCAUGAAUAUCAUUCAUAUCAAGUACAUGCAGCCCUGCAUCGACGAUUUGCGGCGGAUGUGAGGCUGUCGCAACCAAUCAUAAUAUAUCGAUCACCUUUGCAUCAGAUUGAUAUCGAAGAGCCAUUCCUAAUGUCAGAAGAAGGGCAAAUAGACGAAAAGCUGAAUUACCGCGUGACAAUACCCAGCCAAAACAUCCCAUUUGGUUCAAGCUUUCCAGUCGACCUCCAUUUCGCCCCAUUUCGCAAAGAUUUAAAGCCGGGGGCGAUCACAUUACAGGUCAUGGAGAAACACCAACUUCAAAUUCCACUAACUGCUUCGGAAACGGUCACAUACAACUCUUUGAGCUUCCGCGCACACAAAAGUCAUUUGAUAUUCAGUCAGACAUAUGAUGAGAAGGAUUGGAAUGGGAGCGAGUCGGAGCUUUUAGACCUUGAGUGGUCAACAUCGAAACUUGUUCAUCUCCCCCAAGAUCUGCAGUCCUGUACACAAACUGUGCAGUCGAGGACGAUUACAGUCAAUCAUACAUUAUGCUUUCAAGUCGAUUUCAAAGACGAAGAUGGAGAUGUGACUACGGCAAGCUACCCUCAAUUUCUUUCCAUCGUGUUACACUAA